CACCAGCUUUCGUUCGAACCUUUUUGUUUGUUUCUCCAACUAAUUUUUCCAACUUUUAAAUACAACAUGUCGAUUACAGUCGGUGGAUUGCGAUAAGUAAGGCAUUUCGCAUUCGAAGGAGGGGGGGGGGAGGUGGAAGAUUCACCCCCCAGCCCAUAUGGCUCGACCUUGUCUUGUUUUUUGCAGGAUUCCACUUUUUUUUUGGGGGGGGGAUAUAUGAAUAUAGAGAUGAAACUCCCCAACGUCUCUCCCAAUACAAGGAACUAGUGAUUCAUAUACGAUUUUUUCGUUUUUUGCAAAUAUGCUAAGGAUGGGGGAAUGGAACAGACGUUCCAAAGGGAGUGAGUUCAAGAAAUCGUGAGGGGCCAUAUCCGUUGGAACACACAGGGCAGUCGGAAAGGGAGAUUUACGCGACGGCAUUCCUGGCUAUGCUUUGCCUCCUUUCCAAUGCAUGCAAUGCAUGCCAUAGCAUUUGUAUUGUCACGGGAAGGCAGUUUUGUUUUUACGCAUUUUUAUAGGGAUUGAUUUGCACUAUUCAGGGCCGCUCUACUGAUGCUCAUGCGCACAUUUCUGGUUUCUGGGACGAAUAGAAACUGGGGAUAGCGGUUUGAGACAACCGCAGACGUCGAAAUGGCAUUUGAAUCACGAUGUGUGAAGGGAAAUCUGCAAAAUGAAUGAUCUUCCCCCUCCGACUAGCUGAGAAAUAUUUUCUGACGGAAUUUGAAAUGCCAUGGAACAAAUUUCGGGGAGAAAGUGAUUCUCAUUUGCCUCUCGAAAAUUGACAGGAAUGGCUAACUGAUGAGACAUAUGAGGAAGAAGUGAAAGAAUCUCUGGGGGGGUGAGAGCGGGAGAAGGUCCAAAAAAGAACGAGUCUUCUAUUACAGACCGAAAGAAGAACGCAAAAUGGUAAAGAGAGUUGGGGACCUUGGAAACUAAACAACCAAAUCGGAUUGAAAAACAAAGGAAACCUUUUUCGGCGCUGAUGAGGUUAUCCAUCCUACCGAUGCAAGAUUAUAUAAAUAAUAAAAUCUCCGCGAAAGCUACACCAACAGCCAGGCCCAAGGAAGUCGAAAUCUGAACGAAGCUAUCACCCAUUCCCCUAGCAUCCGUUCAGUAUUUCUUGAACCAACUCUCAGCAAUUCCCUCCCAUCUUCGGAUCUCGACGCACAGACCACACGCACUGAGCGUGUGUGUGUGCUACUGAGAAACAGCUUAAAGGUUAAUCUCGAUGUUGAUCGGCAUGUUGAAGUCGAUGUCACCCAUGCACACUUGGAACUGAAGGUUGUUUUUUGUGGUAUUAGCCCGCCUGUUGAAAAUACGAAAUAUCGACUGAUAUGAGGGGGUGCAUCUCAUGUGUUUACUUACCCCGAAGUUGUUGUUGCAACAAAUAACGGUUUGCGUGCAUUCGACGUGGGAGUUCACACAGUUGUGGGCUAGAGGAGCGGACUGGUUAGCAAAACAUUGUCGCCGCUUGAGGCCGCUUUCCUCGGGAGGGUAUUUAUGAUUUGAGCACUUACACCCUCCUUCAGUGCUGCAGCAGUACGGGACACCGGUGGAGCACUGAUUCGUUUGCUGGACAGGGGGCUGCGGAGGGGGCUGCGGGCAAAGUUCCUUUGGCAAUCCGAACCCUGGCAGCUUCGGGAAUCUUCUCUCCGCCAAAGCAACGUCGCCAUCCUUCGGAGCGGGAACCGGGUCAGGCACGGGGAUAGCAAUAGACUGCGUCAGCAGCAUGAAGAUAGAGAGGAAGAUAGAGGUCUGAAUGAGCUUCAUCGUCGCGGUGGAAAGGUUAUUCCCCAGCGUAAAAAAAAUAGGCGGAAAAUUUUUUGAGGUAGAAGGGAAGCGAUGGAGAAGGAUUGGCAAAUUUUUUUUUGUUAAUUUUUUUUUUUUUUUUUCCAAUGGCAAGAGGGCUCAAUUUGUACCAAGCCCUCCGCCUACUUUUUUUCGUCACAUUUGAUAUCCUUUUUUCUUCGUCCUCUGCAAGCAAAGGCAGACAUCGACAGCCAUUAUGAGCUAGCACAACCCACGGCCUUUCGUGUGGAGAAGCUAAAUAUAGGACGAGGGUCGGAGGUUGUCAUUCGCUGUCUUGUUUUAGGGCUUUUGCCACUUUUACUUUGAGACAUCGGUUUCUCUCCAUUGGCACGCAAAAAGCCUGAGAUGAAAAGCCUCCCAGAGUCGAUAUGGCUUUCAGUGAGAGGCUUCAAUACGAUCAUCCCACGAUUAAUCGAGCCUGGCUGGGCCAUGUGAGAAUUUCCCGGACUAAUGAAAUCUUACGUCUUAUCGCAGCUGCAUUCCCAUUUUAUUUGGGGCUGGAAAAAAAUAAUUUCCUCCAUGUUGUUUUUCUUAUUUUACAUAACGCUGCAGUUCGAACUAUUACCUGGCCAGUCCAUUCGGGAUCAGACUUUCCGCACCCAGGCGUGCUGUUUGUCGUACGCCAAGCUGAAGUGAAGUAGCCUGUCACCGUUUGUGAUACAUCAACCCCGGAAUCUUUUAGCUGCGGGGUGACAGUGGCACAUCUGGACAUCCUUUUCGCCUAAGUAUCCUGUUCCUGACUUGCAAAUCGAAAUGGGGAAUGCUUGAAAGUUUCGUGUGGCUCACUGCCGCUUGGUCCAGGUUUAAAAGCUGUAAGACAAGAGCUAAUUCCAGGCUUGUCUGGAUGUUGUGUUCUUGGGGUCUGGACCAUCGGCGGGCUUAGCGGGAAACUAAAUGUCCACUUCGUUGCUGAUUGGCUUCGAUUGAGCCUCACCAAAACAUUUAAGUUGACUACCAGGACGAAUUAUUAUCGCAUUUUUGGCGGUUAUUUUUCAUCCUCCAUGAUAUUGAUAAUGGGUUAAUUGGAAAAUAUUUUGGAAGUGUCGUUCACGUUUCUUUGCGUCCAGUUGGUUCUCUCUUACUCCUAGAUAGCUGGUAUCUCACCGCUGGAGACUGUCAACAACCGAUCUAGGGUGCUCAUAUGUGCAUUCAAAAGGUUCUGGCGAGGGGGGAUAUACUUUCAUGUGUUGUUAAAUGGAGUUAAAUGGCUUGCAGUUCUCCUAAGAGUCCGCCAAAUCGGCUUCGUUGUGUUACUGUUCAGCUGCAGCUGCCAGCUUCAAGGGCCUAUUUUUCUAUCCCCUGGGAUAUCUAUAUCUUCAUCUAUCCCAGUCUCCACCGCAAUGUGUUGCACGUUCGUUUCUGAUUUGCGAAUCUUAGGCGAGUAUCCUGCCACUCCAAAGGUACAGCUCAUCACGCGCCAUUUCUUGAACUGAGCCUCAAAAGCCUCACGAUUUGGAAGAAAAACUCUGACCUUAACGCCCCCUCUACGGAUGAUUGGCCCGUGGGGUUUGCCAGCAAACCGAUUUUGAAUUCUCAUAUCCUCAGCCCUGACAAUUCCCGUGGGCCUGGGUCAGUUUUUGUUUGUAUCCGGAGCUGACCAGCCACGCUGGUUUUUCCACUCAGCUUGCAAUCAAGGAUAGGUUUGCCAUGCCGGAAGUGCACACUCGUCGCCUGGCCUGAACGCCAUUUGUCGCUUGGCUGUUUCUCUAAGGAAUUUUGUGUGAAGUUGACACGAUCAAGCCCUGACCGAACCCCAAUUCUAUUUUAAAUAUAGACACCACUUAUUCUGCACAACCUUAACGCCAUCGGCUCGUGGGAAUGGUCAAGUGUUACCACAUUCAUGUACAAGGAAAAGGGGCCGGAACAUUCAGCAGGGUGAGAACAGAAACUGAGAUUCUCGCCACACAGUCUGCCUUCGCCAGCAUAUCAGCCACGAGGCGACAGGCGAGACACUCGCUGUGCGUUAUCGUGGAUGCGCCAGGGCGUUUUCCAAUUCGACGAAGUGAGGCUCUACUGACCCUGAAGUAUGAUCGUGAAGGAGGGGUUGCAAGGACGAGACGAGCCAACCAACAACGUCCAGCACUUCAUCGGGGGGCAUGAUGAAGGGGAUAGAGAAAUGCAGGCCUCAGAAAACGCAUAAAUAGACCUCUCCUUCCCAUCCAAAUGUCCUUUUUUCUUCUCUUCUCAUCAUCAUCAAGGCAUCAAAAGGAUAUCUCAAGACUUACUUCCAAUCAGUAUCAAAUCUUCAAAACCUUUUUAAGAAUCUCAUUCUUAAUCAAACACCCCCAAACCACCAAAAUGCAGCUCACCAACUUCGUCGCCAUCGUCGCUCUGCUCGCCACCAGCGUUGCUGCCACCCCCGGCCGUCGCCCAUCGCGCCCAGCACGUCCAACACGCCCCGAUGGCCCAGUCUUCCAGAGAAUCUCCUGCUCUUCGGGCGGACCCUUCUGCUGCGCCCCUGAAAGCACCCUCGGAACUACUUGCACUGCUAUGGAAGGCAGCUCUGUCAGCUGCAACAGUCUGAUUGUCUGCUGCAACAACAACGAAGGAAUCCAAUCCUGCUCUGCCAACUUGCAGCAGCCGGUAACCUUCAUCGAUGUCUAAAUGCAAUCACACUAUGGUCGCAGCGUUUGACAAGUCACUUUUCUCCUGAGAUCCACAUGAUACGCGGUCGAACGGUGUCAAUUACUUUUUCUCGCCCUUUGGGAGAAGAGCCAUAGAGUGUUGUGGUCAGGUUGCUAGGCCGCUCUCCUUUCCUCAGCUACCCAUGCCUUCUACCUCUUCACUAUGCGCGCGACGAAGGCUUGUGCUUGCGGAUGAGUGGUGGACUGAACCGGGGACGGGAUGGAACAGGGAAGGGGGAGGUUUAAUUAAUGGUGGAUAAUCGCCGAGUUGUUUCCUACUGUCGCUCCUUACCUCUUUUUUUUUUUUUUUCCCUUUUGUCUUUUGUUUCGAGGAGAGCUGAGAGUUUUCUGAAUAAGGGGUCUACGUUGGGGUUUUUUUCAAAAAAAAUAUAUCGAUUGGUGCCUAAGGCAUUUAAUUGCCCCCUUUUGUUCCUGGUGAGAGGGGGAGGAAGAUGAGGAUGGAGCGGUACUGACUCUUCCUUUAUUUUCCUCCCCUUCUCUGCUCGAUUAGAACACCUGGAACUGUUAGGU